CGGCCUCUCCUCACCAAGGUCGACUCUACAAUUACUUCUAGAGGAACAGAGUCAGGGUCUGUGUCCCCUUCCGAAGCCAACCCCGUUCGUCUGGGAAGCGGUGUUAAGCAGAGAGAGCUCAGAGAGGAGAGAGAUGUCGGACGAAGAUGAGCUGGAUGACAUUGAUGCAGAUCAGUAUGAUCUGGAGAAAGAAGAAGAUGAGAGGGAGAUGGAUGACUGGGAAGACUACAGAAAAGAAGGCGAAGAGGUCUCCGAGGAAUGGGUACCCACGCCCCUCACGGAGGCCAUGAUGAAGGAAGGGCUCUCUUUACUCUGCAAGACUGGCAAUGGACUGGGCCAUGCUUACAUUAAGCUGGAGGCUAAGGACAGGGACCUCACGGACAUCAACAUCCUGCGUGCCUUCAUCCAUCUCCGCUACGUGGAUAUCUCUGAGAACCACAUCACAGACCUGUCACCACUCAACGGCCUCACUCACCUACUGUGGCUCAAGGCUGACAGCAAUCAGCUCCGGAGUGCCCGGCUGAACGACCUGCCCUACCUGCAGAUCGCCAGUUUUUCCUACAACCAGAUCACGGACACUGAAGGCAUCUCCCAUCCCCGUCUGGGAAGCCUGGACCUUAAAGGUAACCGCAUCCGCUUUGUGACCGGGCUGGACCCUGAGAAGCUGGCUAACCUGCACACUCUGGAGCUUCGGGGGAACCAGAUAGAAAGCACAGAGGGGAUCAACCUUCCCAACCUAAAGAACCUCUACCUGGCUCAAAACAUGCUGAAGAAGGUGCAAGGCCUGGAGAACCUGGGCAACUUGACCACCCUGCACCUGCGAGACAACCAGAUUGAGACCCUGGAUGGCUUCUCCAAGGAAAUGAAGUCGCUGCAGUACCUCAACCUGAGGAAUAAUUUGAUCAGUGACCUGGGGGAGCUGGCCAAACUUCAGGACCUGCCGAAGCUGCGAGCCUUGGUGCUGCUGGAAAACCCGUGUGCGGACGAGACUGACUACCGCCAGGAGGCCCUGGUGCAGAUCGCACACCUGGAGCGCCUGGACAAAGAGUUUUUUGAGGAGGAGGACCGGGCGGAGGCCGACGAGAUCCGCCAGAGGCUCAAGGAGGAGCAGGAGCAAGACCAAGAAGUAGACCAUGACAUGGAACCGUACUCGCCGACAUUGGAGGCCAAGGACACCAGCCUCCGGAACUGAGGAGAGCCAUUCAUUCCUAGCCCCGUCACAGGGAGUGGAGAUGCUCCGUUUUGCCCUGGAAAUCAAACCACAUCCCAAAGGCCCAGGAUCCGUGGCGGGUCCAUCCCUAU